GGCUCUUAGCGUUUGUCGGCAUCAGACGUCCACGAGAUCUCGUUCGAUCGAAGCUCUUAAACUAACCGCGAUUUUGGAAUGGCUGUGAUUAGUGAAUAAAUGGUUAAAUGCGCAUAGUUGAUUCUGUAUAAUGUGAUGUGAAUUAAGUGAAUGUAUAAACAUAUGAAAAUGACCGUUCUUCUUGUUUUUGGACUCUUUGUUGUGAUAGUUACAGCACACAAUAUCACUUAUUUGGAGGUGCCCCAAUAUGGUGACCCACGACGCGAUGCCGACCUUAUUUGCCACUAUGUCAACGAAAAGGGUGACCCACCACUCCACUCUGUGAAGUGGUACAGAGACAACAACGAGAUAUUUCGUUUCACACCCGAACAACAGCCUCCAACCCGAACAUUCAAUACGACGGCUGGUGGUGUGUCUCGUGGUUUCUGCAACAUGCACAGCUGUUCCAUCAGUGUGGUACUACCAAAGAAAUACAACACCAGGAUUUCUUUCACUUGCGAGGUUUCCACCGAGGGACCGCGGUUUGCUGUUGUUAAUCAGACCAAGUAUCUGACGGUUGCUGUAACUCUAAAAGAGGAUCCCGUCAUAACUGGAGCUUCGGGAAGCGUUCAACAGGGUGAAGAUGUUCUUUUGAACUGUUCCACCAAGCCAGCGAUGCCACCAGCAAAUAUUGUUUGGUUUAUAGACGGAAGGCCUGAAAAGCACGAGCCUUGGAUAAAUGAUAACACUGAAGAAUCGUCGGCUGAUGAAUUCGGUCUUCGGUCCAGUUGGCGGGCGCUCAGAGUGAGAGCGACCACUAUCAAAGGUUACAUCACUGUGCGGUGUGAAGCUACACAACCCACCAGGCCGCCUUACACACGCUCGUCGAAUGCAACUCUUAACAUAGCCCGUUCACCUCACCUGUCUAUGUAUACUGCGUCUGGUUCCAGUGUCACCCAAGCUAUCGGAGUUGCAACUGUAUGUCUGUCACUACACAUAUUCUCUAAAUUCAGUGCCUUGUGUAAAGUGUAGUCGAUGAUAGAGGUUGGUGAUUGUAAAAACGAUUAGCCUUUAGUUAGAUACAUUUUUCACCCACGUCAAGGACAAUUUGUAAAUAUUAAUAACGUUGUAAAAUUUUUAUUACCCUAUAUUUACAUCCUAUAUAUAUUUUUUUGUUUUGGAUUACUGAACUCAAUGUAAAUAAAAUAAUCGAAAACAAUUUUAAGUAACCGCUUGCAGAUUACAAAAUUAAAAUAAACCUAAACAAUGUAUAAUGAGAUAAAUGUUUUUGAAAAGAGUUUCCUUUUUAAUUUAUCUGUUUUGUUUGUUUUUAUUGCUAUCAAAAGCUUUUAGUCUGAAGCCCCGGGCUCUUACAAAAGAAACUCUAUUAAGAUCAACUCGAUCCAAACGGUGCCAUUUUGUUGUUUUAUUAUUAUUAUUAUUGCACUUGUAUCCCUUUUGUUUGAUACCAUGACGUGUUAAUUAAAAAUAUAUUAAUGUAAAUCAUUCCAACCCGUAUUAUAACACCGAAAAACUAUUGCAGUAACUUUUCUCAUAUUAAUGCGUAACUUCUAAAUGUAUUCCUGACGUGGGCGAAAAUAACAAUAAAGAAAUAUAUAAAUGAAAAUUAAAUUAUUCUAUAAAUAUAGCAAGCACUGAAUUUCGAUGUUUUAUUACACGUAAAUUUUGUAAUUAUAUUUACAUAUGUUGCGGCGAGCCGGUGUUGGAAUUACUGUAAUGUAAAGAUAUAAAUGUUUUUAAUAUGCUAAUUCUAAUUUGCAACGAGAUGUUCACUUGUUUAUUUUUAAGAUUUAUAGAUGUAAAUAUUUGUUUAAGAUGUUUAAUUUAAAUGUAGCCAUCUAAUGAUUCAUAUUCAAAAAUUUUGUUCCAAUAUGAAAAACACAAGGAAAGUAUUUAUUCUUAUCAUUGCUAUUAGGGUUAAUGAUCAGGAUUCAUUUCUAUUAAAUUAUUGGCUUACGGUUAUAGCUUGUUAUAAUUUACUAUUCAUAACUCGACCCACAAGCGUGCGAUAUGUUAAAAUUACUUAAUUCUAUUAAAAAACAUACAAUAUUUGCAUACCAGGUCACAUUGAAUUUAUCCGUCCGCAAGCAAAAUUUUUCAUUAUCAAAUUUCGAAUAAAACAGGCAAAGGAACAAUCGUGAUAGCACAAAAAAAAUGUUUCUAAUUUUAAUCUCUUUAUUUCUUUACUGAUAGUCAUCCAAUAUAUCUUCUUUAAUAACAACUGUGUUGAUAAUGUUCGUAUUACUGCAAAACAUUGAAGUAGCUGAAAUUUCAAAUAAAAUGCCUUUUAAUAAUACUGAACCCAAUUUAUAUUUUGAAAGAUUCAAUUCCAAGAGCUAGUAACAUUUUUGAUCGAACACACUGGUUGUGUAAGCAUUUGAGAAACUUCUAUAUAAAUCUACAAAGAAAUUGCUUACUGAAAAGAAAAUUCCUGUCAUAAAUGCAAGUAUUUUUGGGUUUUGUAACAUAUGUUAUGGAAUUGUCGGAAUACAAUGCAUUUUAAUGUUUUACUUCUAAAACGUUUGUUCGUAUACAUUCGAUUUAGAAUAUAAAGUGCUGUUUACAAUGUUAUUUACGUGCGCGAACUAUGUACAAUUUUAAAAGAUAUUUUCGUCAAUUUUUAAGUCAUGAUCAAAAUUUUUAAAAGCAGAAUGCAAGCAAAGUAGAAAAUGUUAUGUUAUGUUUCGAACGGUUUUCUUUGCUUUUUUAGUUUCAUAAUAACAAGAAAUAAUAAGAGCAACUUAUUAGUCUUAAGCGGUAAAACUGUGCGGAUCUUGUUUAUAUAUUUCAACAAAAUACCUUAAUUCGUUUGACCUUUCGAUGGCUGAGGGCGGUCAUCUAUUAGUUGGAACACUCAAUGUUUUCAGGGCAAUGAAUCUAAACUCAAUAUAAUAUACGUAAAGACACACUUUUAUUAUUACUAAGUUUAUAUAUGCAGAAUAGAAACAAGUAAAGCGUUCUAUGUUGUAAUAUGUGACGGUCUGAGAUAACUUCCUAUACAUUACGAAGACGCCAUAUUAAAAGUACGCACGACUGAGAGAAAGUUGGAUAUACACAAGAUAUUCUUUAUGUCUUAGUUAUAAAUUGUGAACUCCACUAUCAUUCAAAUGUUAACGAAAAAUAAAUUAAGGGUCGAGUUACCAUCGUGCCAAAAUCUAAAUUUAAAUACAAAUUUACUGUAAAUACAAUUUAUGUAAAUCCAUUAAAAUAGAAAUUAAUACGUCUUAACUAAUAUAAGGUUGAAUUAUGUUUGAAUAUAAGAUGGAGAUAAAUUACUGAAAUUUAAAUUUAGGUCCUAAAAAAUUAAAUUUAUUUUUUAAUACACGAUCCAGUAACAUUAUUUGUGAAGUGAUCUAACUAAUUGGCAUUAUUAUAAUAUAAUUUAUUAGGAAAUCGUUAAAUUUCUAAAAAAAAUGCAUUAGUUAGCAACAAAUCUUAUAUUAUUUAGAGAUGAAAAAAUGUGAUAAAACUGUUAUUUCUAACAAAAAGUAUGCACACAAACGAUGUUGAAGGUUAAGAGAGAUUGACCGAUGGUUGCGGUGGAUUCAGGUCAUGACCCAAGAGUCCAAUAUUUGCACCAAGAUACGCAUAUUUGCCCUGGACCCCGAGUAGGUACGACUCGGCUUAACAUUGUAAUAUAUUAAUAUAUUACGUGAUACGUUUCAUUUAAUAAAUAUUAAUAUAUAAACAUACAUAUGUAUGUACUUUAGUAAUUUAUCUCUAAUAAAUGUCAUGUGUUCUAAUUUGUGUGUACCGUGUUUUGUUUUAUCAUGUGAUCGUCUUUUUGAUGCGUAUAGUCAAUUUCUAGCACUAUCAAAUUGUUCUGUGAUACAUGUGUUUAUUAGUUUGUAUAAAAUACGGACUAUUCAACCAUUUGCUGAAUAAACAAAACACGUAAAUUUAAUUACAAUUCUUUGACAGGCUACAUGUUUAUAGUCUGUUACAUAUGUUAUAGUCCGUUAUAUUUAUAAUGUAACACUGUAUCUAACUCAUUGUCAGAUGGUUGAGUAGACUUAUGUACUUGUGUAUUACAUAAUAUAUAUUCUUAAUGGCGGCAAAUAAAAUUCAACUAAAUAAA